GGUUUUUUAGUGAAUUUACGAGUUGCGACCUCUAGUCGAAUGCAGCGUUUUCUUUUGCGGAACCAAUGUUCUGAGUCCUGCGCGUGUCCGGAAGGGAAGCGGUGUGACACGGCGCCUGGCCGGUAGAGCGGCAGCAACAGGCCCAUGUGGGAGAGGAGCAGAUCCCGGCAGCGCGGAGCAGUGAUAAUAAGCAGUAAUAAGAAGCAGUAAUAACGCUGAUAUAACUCUGUCUCCUCUUAUGGUGGCGUGUGAGGGAGGGAGCAUGCUGAAAGAGGCGCUGGAAGGACAGGUUACCCUGGUGUGUAACACCACAGCCGGGUCUGUGCAGGUGCAGGUAGAGCCGGUAGGCCGCUGGUUUGAAGCCUUUCUGAAGCGCAGGGAUCGAAAUGUAUCCGCUUCGUUCCAGGAGCUGGAGGAGGAAGAGGAGCUCUCUGAGGAGGAAGCAGAUGAGGAGCUCCAGCUUGAGGAAUAUCCCAUGCUGAAAACACUGGACCCCAAAGACUGGAAGAAUCAGGAUCACUAUGCUGUACUGGGUUUAGCUCAUAUUAGGUACAAGGCAACCCAGAAACAGAUUAAAGCUGCUCAUAAAGCAAUGGUGCUGAAACAUCACCCAGACAAGAGAAAGGCAGCAGGAGAGCAGAUUGUGAAAGGAGAUAAUGAUUAUUUCACCUGCAUAACUAAAGCAAUAGAGAUUCUGUCAGACCCUGUGAAGAGGAGAGCGUUCGACAGCGUGGACCCCACCUUCGACAACACGGUGCCCACGAAGGCAGAAGGCAAAGAGAAAUUCUUUGAGGUGUUUGCUCCUGUGUUCGAACGCAAUGCCAGGUGGUCCACUAAAAAGCACGUCCCUCACUUCGGGUCCCUGGACUCCUCGUUUGAGGAAGUGGAUAAUUUCUAUUCCUUCUGGUACAACUUUGAUUCAUGGAGAGAGUUUUCAUACUUGGAUGAAGAGGAGAAAGAAAAAGCUGAAUGUCGAGAUGAACGAAGAUGGAUCGAGAAGCAGAACCGUGCAUCGCGAGCUCAAAGGAAGAAAGAAGAAAUGAACAGGAUACGAACUCUCGUAGAUACGGCCUACAGCUGUGACCCGAGGAUAAAGAAGUUUAAAGAGGAGGAGAAAGCCAGGAAGGAAUCGGAGAAGAAGGCCAAAGCCGAAGCCAAAAAGAAGGAGCAAGAGGAAAAGGAGCGGGCUCGACAGGCGGAGAUGGAAGCAGCUCGGUUGGCCAGAGAGAAGGAGGAAGAGGAGGCCAAACAGGCGGCCCAGCAGGCCAAGAAAGAGAAAGAGGCACAGAAGAAAGCAAUCAAGAAAGAGAGACAGAAACUCAGGACAACGUGCAAGAACUGUAAUUACUUUGUGGAUAGCGACGCGGAGAGUGUGAAGAUGAUGGAAGACGUUGAGAAGUUGUGCGAUAGGCUAGAGCUUAUAAGCUUACAGACGUUAAAUGAACUUUUAGCUUCAGGCAGCAAGGAGGAGAGCAGAGCUGCCAUAGAAAAACAGGUGCAGGAAGUGAACGCGCAGCUGCAACGUGAGCGAGAGGCCGAGGUCAAGACGCAGCAGGCGGCACGCAGCUCGGAAAACACCAACGCCGGAAGCGGAGUGAGCAAAGGCUGGAACGAGGAGGAUCUACAGCUGCUUAUCAAAGCCGUUAACCUGUUUCCUGCUGGAACCAACGCCAGAUGGGAAGUAAUCGCCAACUACAUGAACUUGCACUCAGGUAGUGGCAUCAAAAGAACUGCCAAAGACGUCAUCAAUAAAGCUAAGACUUUACAAAAACUCGACCCACACCAAAAGGAAGACGUGAACAAAAAGGCUUUUGAGAAGUUUAAGAAGGAGCAUUCUGCCGUUCCUCCGACUGUAGACAACGCCGUGCCUUCAGAGCGGUUUGAAGGAUCAGCCAGUGACACUAAUUCUGCUCCCUGGACUACGGAGGAGCAAAAGCUCCUAGAGCAGGCGCUGAAGACCUACCCUGUUAACACUCCUGAGAGGUGGGACAAAAUCGCCGCCACUGUGCCUGGACGUACCAAGAAAGACUGUAUGAAGAGAUACAAAGAACUCGUGGAAAUGAUUAAAGCGAAGAAAGCUGCCCAGGAACAAGUUGCUGCUAAGAGUAAAAAAUGACAGCAAAAAGCGCAAGAAACAACCACACGCACGCGCGCACACUCACUCAGCCUCAUGUUCUUUUAAUGUUAUUGUGUUGUUCUUUAUUUUAUAAUAAAACAGAAAAAAAAUGCA